UCGGCCAUCCCUAGAGAGCGCACGUUUGUUUUUGCUUCGCAUUGCGCCCUAUUUUGAUUUGUAUUUUGGCGUAUUUGGCCAGAAAAAACGCAUACGCAUAAUGUCCGCCGGAUUGGAGGACAUCAAGCUGGAGGCCCUGUCGCUCAGCGAGGGAAUCCGGGACUCACCCGUCUGCAUAAUCGUGCUGGGAAUGGCCGGCAGCGGCAAGACCACCUUCACCCGGAGCCUCAUCCAGCACGCCCAGCAGGAAUUCAAUCCGUAUGUGGUCAAUCUGGAUCCGGCGUGCCGGGAAGUGCCGUAUGCGGCGCACGUGGACAUCCGGGAUACGGUUAACUACCGGGAGGUGAUGAAGCAAUACCAACUGGGACCGAAUGGCGGCAUUGUUACGGCCCUCAAUAUGUUCACCACCAAAAUGGCCCAGUUUGCGGAGCUAGUGCGUCGCGCCGGCGAGCGGGGACACAAGUGGUGUAUCAUCGACACGCCCGGCCAGAUUGAGGUGUUCACCUGGUCGGCGUCCGGCAACAUUAUCACCGAGGGACUGGCCACCAUGUUCCCCACCAUUGUUGUCUAUGUGAUGGACGUGGUGCGCAGCGCCUGUCCCACCACCUUCAUGUCCAACAUGCUCUACGCCUGCUCCAUUCUGUACAAGACGCGUCUUCCCUUCCUCGUGGCGCUGAACAAGAUUGACCUGCAGGAUUGCAGCUUUGUGCUGGACUGGAUGACGGACUUCGAGAUCUUCCAGGAGGCUCUGGAGCAGGAGCAGAACUUCGUGAGCAACCUCACGCGCUCCAUGUCGCUCACCUUGGACACCUUCUACGAGAACCUAAGCACUUGCGGCGUUUCGGCCAAGACGGGCGUGGGUUUUGCCCAACUGCUGAAGAAGAUUCUCGAGUGCGUGACCCAGUACGAGCAGGACUACAAGCCGGUGUACGAGAAGAUGCGCAAGGAGCGACUGGCGGAGCAGGCGGCGGGUCCGAGGCCAGCCGACAAUGUGGAAGAGGCCGGCGUAGCCGUUCCCCUGGGACUGACUCUUCAAGAUCCGCCUGCGAACUCUGGCAACAGUGUUUUCCUAAUGGCACCCGGUCUAGUGCCCCAAUCAGCCGACGACGAUGACGAGCGGGAGGACAUGGAGGAGGACGCCAAGGGCACCGCAGAGGACCAGAACUUUCACAGCUUCGUGCAGAAUCACCUGAACGUCCAGCAGAACAAGCGGGACAAACAGCAGCUGAACCUAAAGUGAUAUGGAAAACAUUUCAGUUAAAAUCGGUUAAGAUUGCUUUCCCUUUAAUAUAUAGAUAUUUACGUUGAUA